AUGGCUUCUACGGUGGCGGACGUUGCCCCUCCACUCCUAAAGCCUUAUGCCUGUGUUCUAUGCCAGCAGCGCAAGGUUAAAUGCGACCGACAGAGCCCAUGUUCAGGCUGCCGCAAGUAUGAGGUUAACUGUAUAUACCGCGCCCCGCCGGCACCGAAGCGGCGUAAGCGACGGUCCCCGGAGGACACACUGCUUGCUAGACUACGCAAAUAUGAAGAGCUCCUAACUGGAUUAGGAGUGGAUGUGAAUAAGAUUGACGAAUAUAAACCCAAUAGUCCGUCCGCUGUGUCUGAGACACCAGGUCCUUCAUACACCCCAGGUAACAAUUAUCGAGCAGAACCACCUGGCGAGGAAACGGAGCUGAACAACCAGUUUGGCCGAAUGAUUAUCGGGGAUGGGAAGUCACAGCUUCUCGAAAACAGUCUUUGGGUGAAUUUGAGCAGUGAGAUUAGUGAUCCUGAGACGAUCUUGGACAGCGCGUGCGAUACUGCGAAUAGUAGCGGAGAUACAUUCCCGCCCACUGAAGGCUCCCCUCGCUCGGAUGGAGAUGAGUUUAUUUUAUUUGGAUCAUUAGGAGGAUCGGUCAGCCUGCGUACACUACAUCCAGAUACUGUACAGAUUUUUAAGCUAUGGCAAAUAUAUAUUGACAACAUGGAUCCCGUAACAAAGCUAUGCCAUAAGCCGACAGUUCAGCAGCAAAUAUUGGAUGCAAGUUCAGACCUGGAUAAUAUACCCAAGCCUGUCGAGGCACUCAUGUUUGGUAUCUACACGUGCGCUGUUGCUUCUCUUCGGGAAGAGGACUGCAUUGCCCGACUCGGGGAGUCAAGGGAGGCUCUACUUCGCAGGUUCCAUCUCGGAGCUAAGCGCGCUUUGAUCAAGGCAGAUUUCCUAAAUAGUUCAGAUCUAACAGUAUAUCGAGCAUUCCUUUUAUAUCUGCUUUCAAUGAGAGAAUUCGUGGAUGCUCAGACGCUCUGGGUACUUAGUGGUGUAGCUAUGCGAAUAGCACAACGAAUGGGACUCCAUAGAGAUGGCGCUAGGUUUGGGCUGCCCAUUUUUGAAGUUGAGAUGCGACGUCGUCUAUGGUGGCCAACACUGUACUUUGAUGGUCUCAGCGGAGAAUUAUGCGGUAUGGGUGCAUCACUAGCCGGUUCGUCUUGGGAUACCAAGCUUCCUCUAAACGUCAAUGACUCCGAAAUCACACCCGGCAUGCGAGACCUGCCGAUAGAACACAAGGGCCUGACAGAAAUGAGCUUCUGUCUAGUCCGAUAUGAAGUAGGAUUAUUACUUCGCGACCUAGCUUCUCCGAAUACAUUUGACGGAGCCUGGGGAGCCGUGACUAACCAAUCGGUAACAUUGAACGACCGCCUCAAACGAAUUGACGAUCUAGAGGCGCUGAUUGAAAAUAAAUACCUGCAAUAUUGCGAUACAUCAAUAUCUUUCCACCUACUAACUUGGAUAGUUGGCCGCAGUUGUAUAGUCAUGUUGAGAUUCCGGGCACGCUCAUUUCCCCAUCCCUCACUUGGGGAUGUACAAAAAUCACAAGAAGUGCGUGAUGCUCUAUUUGCAGAUACUCUGCAAAUAAUAGCAAAUUAUCACACUUUCCGCUUAGAACCAGGAAUCCAACGAUACUACUGGCAUGUGAGUGCGCACUUUCAGUGGCACGCAUUUAUCUAUCUAUUGCAUGAGCUCCAGACCCGUACGGAGGGCGAACAGGUUGACAGGGCCUGGGCAGAACUUGGGAAUGUAUAUUCAUCCAAACCAGAGCUGCUCUCAGAUACCAAAAACCCACUUUACGUUGCAAUUGGCAACCUCACACUGAAAGCCUGGGGGGCAAGGAAGGCAACCCUUUUUAGAUUGGCAGGCGGACAUGACCAGGAGUCAAUUGUGCCACCAAAUUUCAUUGAGGUAUUGCAACUUCAGCGCAUGAAAUCUACCCAGUCACCAGCGUCAUCAUCCCCUGGAAUGGCUACCGGUGGCCCAAACACAACUCAGGUUGACCAACUUGCCAGCCAAAGCCGGACCGGUGUUACGCCAACAUUGUUCUCGCCGGUUAAUAUAGCUGCACCUGAGUACGGGAUGAAUAACGGGUAUGGAUUGAUGCCGAACAUGGCCACCUCGAAUGUUCCGAUCUAUGAGUUUCCCGAUAAUCCUGUUGACUGGUCUCAAUGGGACACCCUUCUGCAGGGGUCGGGUGCCGAUAUAAACUUUGAGAUGUAA